AUGGCGACCUCCGAAUCCUCCUCCGUCGUAUCCGACGCCCUAAACGACUUCUUCGGUCAACUCUACACCUUCGUCGAAACAAUCUUCAAACGCUUCUUCAAGAAUCUCUAUAAAUCUUUCGUCGAAAUGAGCGCCAAGCGCUGGACGAAAAUCAUCGUCUCCGUCGUCGUUUACAUCCUCCUCCGUCCUUACAUCGAAGCCUGGUUCCGCAAAAUGGCCGAAAAAGACCGCAAGAAGCAAUUGGAGAAGGAAAAGGCAGAGCGAGAAGCCAAGAGAAAGAACAAGGCCAAGAUGUCCGCUAAUGCACUGCGUGGUGGCGCCACCGGUGGCGGCAAAGUGCUAGGCGAGGUUGAGAAUACGGACGAUGAGAUUGAGAGCGACGAGGACUUUGCUACCGCCAGUGGUGUGCCGGAGUGGGGGAAGAACGCAAGGAAGCGCCAGAAGAAGUAUAUGAAGGAACUGCAACGGGAAGCGGAGCAGCGGACGGAGAAGUUGUCGGAGGAGCAGCUCAUGGAAUUGCUUGAUUGGAGUGAAUCGGAGGAUGAGAAGAAGCAGGAGGAGAAAAAAGAGGAUUGA